AUGGCGUCUUCCCCUCUUAUCGAAAAGAUCUGCCGGAGCAUUCAAGCUCUCGAGCGGAAAACUGCUUUCGGCCAAACAUUCUUCGAACCCGCCGGACUCAAAAAACUCCUCACAAAAGAUAUCAUUGACAGCAUUCUUCAGGAAUCUAAAAUCAAGACUCCCAUCGUCAGUGUCGCUGAAUUUCAAACCUUUAUAUUCACCCCCGACACCGACUUCUUCACUAUAUUCGCCAUUCUCCUAUACAUGAGGUGUCCGCAAGUCAUUAAGCAGUUCCACCCGCGUCAGCAGAGACUGAGAAAGCUACCAAUUGGGACCCAGGCCCUUGAGGAUGCAAAAAUCUUCAGUAUCGAGAGUGAACCAGUCCACAAAAGGAAGUACUUCGCUGAGAUUCAGCAUAAAUUUAUUCCGCACAAGUUCUUGAAGACGACAGAACUGGAGGUUUUGGAUAGUAAUCGUGUGUUGCCAUUUAUGGCGCAAGAACAAAUAGGUGCUGGAAAUUUUGGGACCGUGUUUAAGAUGCAGAUAGAGCCAUCUUUGCAAGAACUUGGGUUGACGCCAGAUAAGAAUGGACGGAUUUUUGUUAUCCGCAAAGUUUUGAAAUCCCUAAAUCAACAAUUAGUUUUACUAUACGACAGAAACACUAAUGGAAUGCAAAAGAACAAAAUGCUUGAAGAGUUUGGGAAAGAGUUGAAUCCACUGGCAUAUCUUGGGGAGCUAGGAAGCCCCAAUGUCACUCCCUUGCUCUACGCCUACAUCAACGGGACAGAGUGGAAUCUUGUGUUCCGUUGUGAAGAAAUGAAUCUCGAGAGCUUUCUUGGGCUUGACCACAAGCGAAAUCCUUUAGGAAGCUUCAAACACAAUUUCACGUUCUAUAGUGCUCUGCAUGGCAUAUCCACCGCUUUAAGAGAUGCACAUAAUCUUGUCCUCACGAGAGCAGGCGAAAAAGUUUCCAAGAGAUACUUGCACGGCGAUUUGUGGCCGGCAAAUAUUCUCGUGAAUAAGGAUACGUUCAUACUCGCGGACUUUGGGCUUGCAACGGAGAUGACACAGAAAGAUGUGCACCAUUACGAGACAUCUUGGAAAUCCCAAGGACAGUGUGCUGACUGUCGAGCUCCUGAGUCCGAGGAUGAGGCCCGUGUAACUCAAGCCAUCGACCUUUGGGCACUUGGCUGUAUAUUCGCCGAAGUUGCAACCUAUAUUGAGAGGGGAAAGGCGGGCGUGGACGGAUUCCGAGGCCAACGAUUUGAGGAGUUGAAACUCAAUGGGAAGAGGAGAUGUGGAGAUCAGCUCUUCUAUUUGGAUGGUAGUCCGCCAGUCUUGAAAAAUUCAGUCAUGCGCCAGUUCGAAGAACUCUCCAAGGCGCCCGGGGAUAAACAUAUUCCCGAAUUACUUGAGAUCACAAAGCAAUUGCUGAAUAUUGAUCCGAUAAAACGUCUAUCUGCAAAGGAUCUUUGUGAAAGGAUGUUCUUCCUCAGUGUUAAGUCCCUGUUCAACGCAGUUCUUGGAGAAUUCAGACAACCUGGAGCUGAAAAGCGGACCAUCGAAACCUGGGGGGAUGUUCUAGGGCUCACGAGGCCCUGGAGCCCAGCUUCUGGGGCACGUAUUAAUGCGCUCGGAAUGCCUUGCCGGCAGAAGCUCCUCCAGAUUUUCCAGGGGCUUCAUGAUAAAGGAAAGCUACCGACCCGCGAGGACUUGAUGGCGAUUUGCGGUUUUCUUACGGCGGGUGAGCGGGCACGUGUGCCAAUCUCUGAAAAGUAG